GGCGGGUUUGGCUCGGGGACAAGUACGUAACUGUUGAAUACCUCUAACGAAAAAUAAGUACUUCUAAUGUCUACUUACUUGCAGACAUUCGGGUUCGGCUCGUUCUCCUGCGAUCAUUAGAAGGAAAAUUCUUAUGGUCGUGCGAUUGCGAUUUUUUAUCCUUUUUUAUUGCGUUGGCUUGUCAUUCCUUUAGUACCAUCUCCCGCAGAGGACUCUGACCCAUUCGCGACCGACUUAUCGUCCUUUCCCAGACGCCUUGUCAAAAUGAACUUCGUGAAACGCGAAACCCUGACCACGGAAAUCACCGACACCGGUGUGGUGGAAAAAACGAAACGACUAGAAUUGACGGAGAAUGACCAGGUGCGGGAUAGGAUCGCGGCACUUCCAGAAUUCAGCCGCAAUCGGAUAACCCAGGCAGAAACGGAAGCGCCAAAAGAACAGCAAGCAGGUACAGAAUUAUUUUGACGUAAAUUUGAAUUUCACAGUAUGUUGAAACAAAAUAAUUUGUUCGUUGCACGAAGCAAACGCUGCUGUGACAAAUUUCAUGACUCCAAAUUCCAAAUCCAACAGAUGAGUUCGCCGAGCGCCAUCGCUUUCUGCGGCAGGAGGAGGAGAGGAUACACAGCGAGUCCCAGGCGCAUCUGAAAGACAUGCGGGAGAAGCAGGAGCAGUUCCACAAUCAGGUCUUCGCCCGACAGCAGAAGGACGCGUCAGACUUCGAGCAGGGGCGAAAGAAGCUUCUCAACGCGGACAAAUCCAGCGUCAUCACUGCGAAAAUCGGAGAUACGGCCGCCAACGCGAAUAGCAAUAAAGGGACAGCAACUACAGGGCCUACUGCUACAAGUUCGAGCAGCACAGGAGGGGGCGGAACAUCAAAUAAUAACCCGAAUAACCCGCGGCCGGGAGAUGCGAUUUCGAAACGGAUCAUAGAAACGGAAUCGAAGUUUUUCGACGACAAUAUGGUGAAUAAGUUCGUCGGGAGGACAAAAGCAAGAGCGGAGUUCAAUGUGAGGAAAGACAUUGUUGGGAGUGGCGGAACCGUCACAAAAGUGAAGAAAAUCGGGAACAUGGUGAUAAAUUCGACAAAGGGAUUUCCUGACAAGAACCCGAUAGAAUACAACCGGGAAAGGAGCCCGAAACGAGCGACAGUGGCUUUGGGGCCGCCAGCGGUUUCGAAAGUUCUGACAACGACGAGCAGUACUACAAAGGCUGUACAGAAUGCUGCGACAUCAACAAACAGUGCCGGCGCGACAAAGAGUAAGCCUGUUGUCAGUGUCGUAGCAGGAUAUAGCGACUCGGAGUCGGAUUGAUAGAUACCCCUCAAAAAGUUUUCGACGACUCCAGCACAGAAAGAU